AUGUCGGGCGAUCAAAAUCUUAAGGAGAAAUUCAUCUCUAUUCUAGGGGAGGACGCCUGGGAUCCUAACUGGGAGACAGUCCAGCGUCUCAGUCCGGAGCUCCUAGACGCAAGCAUCGAUCUGUUACAUGUACCUAAGAAGAAAAACUACCUGUCGGCCAAGGUACAGCAGCUCAUCGCCAUUGCCGUUGAUAGCUCGUCUACCCAUCUCUACCUCCCGGGGAUUCAACAGCACAUCAAGCUAGCUUUGAAAGCGGGUGCUACGACCAGGGAGAUAAUGGAGGUGAUAGAACUCACAAGCACAUUGGGAAUCCAUGCGUGUAAUGUCGGUGUACCUCUGCUGGUCGAUGUUAUGAAAGAGGCGGGUAUAUACGACUGUCAUCCCUACGCAGGAAAGCCGUUUGAUGAGCAGCGCGAGGCGUUGAAAACUGAGUUCACGAAAAAGAGGGGCUAUUGGCAUCGAACUUGGGAGGAAUUUCUCGCCUUAGACCCGGAAUUCUUCAAAGCUUACCUGGAAUUUUCUUCUGUCCCCUGGACAAAGGAUGUGAAUGGUUUCCAGGGCGGUGGUGCAUUGGAACCUAAAGUGAAGGAAAUGAUCUAUUGUGCCUUUGAUGCGGCUGCGACUCAUCUAUAUGUGCCAGGUCUUCGCCUUCAUAUGGUGAAUGUGCUGAAAUAUGGCGGUACUCCGGAAGAAAUUCUCGGAGUUUUAGAGAUCGCCACCCAGUUGAGCGUUCAUACGGCGCAUGCCGCAGCUCCGAUCCUCGAAGAACUAAUCGGUAGAACUGAUGAACAUGGUGACACAUACGUCUAG